AUGGUCGUCCUGCUGGUACAGCGAGGAGAGUCGUCAUGGUCGUCCUGCUGGCACAGUGAGGAGAGUCGUCAUGGUCGUCCUGCUGGUACAGCGAGGAGAGUCGUCAUGGUCGUCCUGCUGGUACAGCGAGGAGAGUCGUCAUGGUCGUCCUGCUGCUGCAAGCCACAAGGGGAGUCAGCGUCCACCAAGCCACAAGGGGAGUCAGCGUCCACCAAGCCACAAGGGGAGUCAGCGUCCACCAAGCCACAAGGGGAGUCAGCGUCCACCAAGCCACAAGGGGAAUCAGCGUCCACCAAGCCACAAGGGGAGUCAGCGUCCACCAAGCCACAAGGGGAAUCAGCGUCCACCAAGCCACAAGGGGAAUCAGCGUCCACCAAGCCACAAGGGGAGUCAGCGUCCACCAAGCUACAAGGGGAGUCAGCGUCCACCAAGCCACAAGGGGAGUCAGCGUCCACCAAGCCACAAGGGGAGUCAGCGUCCACCAAGCCACAAGGGGAGUCAGCGUCCACCAAGCCACAAGGGGUGCCAGCGUCCACCAAGCCACAAGGGGAGUCAGCGUCCACCAAGCUACAAGGGGAGUCAGCGUCCACCAAGCCACAAGGGGAGUCAGCGUCCACCAAGCCACAAGGGGAGUCAGCGUCCACCAAGCCACAAGGGGAGUCAGCGUCCACCAAGCCACAAGGGGUGCCAGCGUCCACCAAGCCACAAGGGGAGUCAGCGUCCACCAAGCCACAAGGGGAGUCAGCGUCCACCAAGCCACAAGGGGAGUCAGCGUCCACCAAGCCACAAGGGGAGUCAGCGUCCACCAAGUAA